CAACAGCAGCAGGAUGCCAAAACCUAUGAGAGGUUUGAUAAUUUGCAGCUGGUAUUAGAGGAAAUGUAACUCAGAAUAAGACAUACUUUAAGGGCACACAGGAUCAAUGAAAGGCGAUUGUUGGUGAGAUUAGUCUCAUUAGCGGCAAGGUCUCAGCUACGGCCAUGGCCACCAAGACCUCACGGGACUGCCAGUUGCUACUCAUGAUGCAAGUGUAUUAGCGCCAACAACAUUCGUACUUUUGGAUAAAAUUUAUGUUACUCAAUCAGCAAAGGACUUGCCACAUUAGGACAUUCCUGGGCACAGAAUAAUUCUAAAUACCUGGAAAUGAGGGGGGAAAAGGAAUAAAAGAUAGCAGAGAAAGAUUCAGGAUGACAACUUAAAACAGACGAGAAAAAACUUAAAAGUACAGAAUUACUAUAAGGACACAAGAUGCCUUUAUCGGAGAAAAAAGUGUGUGGAUGCAGAAUCCGCUUCAACUCCUUUUGGUGCAUCUGGUAUUGCGCCAUUGUGCUGAUUGCACAAGGAUACCUGACCUACCUGGCCGUUAGCAGGUACUCAGCAUUCAAAAGUUUACAUUGGAAAGAAGAUGAAAUGCCAUCUUUGGAAUUCACCUCCUAUGUUGCUCUUAUUGCACUAUCACUGCUGUGUUUGCCAUUUUUUGCGUUGGCUGCCAUAUUCAAAGUGGAAAAUUAUGCCAAUGACGGUGUUAGGCUUGGAGAAGAAAUUUUAAGCAAGAAGGAGGCACGUCUUAGAUAUUUGGAGACAAGAUUUGGAAAGCGUUUCUGGCAGCAGAUGGGUCCUGUGGCACAAACUCUCCACAUUGGAGCAGCUUUUUGUCUGCUGCUGCCCCAUGUUCUCCUGCAGGCUCAGGAGAUAAAGCAUGGAUAUCUCAGUGAAGUCAAUAUGUGGGCAACAGACCUGGAUGUGCUUUUUAUCAGAGACAAAAUACCACAGUUUUGGGCCUUUUCACAAAAAGCCUCUACCAACUUAACUACAAACUCCACACUUGAGAUGAUCACAGUGAAUGUGACCACAGAGGCUCCACCUACUGGUGUGCCAUGGAAUCACCAGAGCAGCCCAUCUUUUGAGUUUAUAAACUUCGCCGCAGCUUUGAUAUUAUACAACAUUCGUUACCCUGCAGUUUUCUGGACAACACACAAGUUACUGACGGUGUUAUUCUCUGGUCAGUUGUUCCUAGCCACUGUGUUGCAUCUGUUUUCUUUUUGUGGAUUUGCUGUGACGUACAAACUACAAGUGAACAAUCAUCUGCACCAAGGACUGGAGCUCUCUAUGAGUCAUGGCGGCACAGCAGUAGCAUACAUUUUAGGAAACGGCAUUGUGUUUUUCUCCUCAAUCACCAUUUUUAAAUAUGGAUACCUAUUUUACAAUGAACAAUUUAUUAAAAUGCACAGAAACUACCAUGCUUUCUUAAAAUAUGCCAUGAAGAAUACAUGUGAAGGAUAUAUUCCUCACACAGCAGCCAUGGUUAUGAUGGUGUUAUCCUUGGCAUGUAAGGGACCAGUGUUUUACGACUACGUCACAACAUACAGGAUGACAGGAGAUCCUCUCAUUCUGACCUGUAUUGUUAUGGAUGCCAUGUACAUGAUGGCAUGGAUGAUUCUUUGGUUUGUGUUUACUCUGAAACAGACAUGGAAGUUUGCAAUCCGGCAGCCUGGCAAUGCCAAGAACUCUGUUUAUACAAUUCACAACAGUCACAUUGAAACACAGCUUAUGAGUGAGGAGGAAAGGAGAAAUAAUGAGGAGCCAACACCAUCUAUGAAUUCAUCCAUUGACACUGACCAUGAUACAGUAGAUGGAGAGGUGACGGUGGCUUUAAGUUCAGCAGACGGCACUGGGAAUUCAUCAACUGGCUCUGACAGUAACAGGGGAUCUCCACAAGAUGGCUGCUCCUCAGACAAUCAAAACACACAAAAUACUGGAGCUUUAAGAAAGAAAAUAAAACAAAAGAGGACUUCAGGGCAUAAAGUGACAUUUGAGGAGCCCAUUGCACCAAACCCUAUGUACAUGGACAAUACCCCGCCUCCCCCUAAACCACCCCGCUCCCAUCAGGUGCAACAAGGGGAACAAAUAGCUGUGGAAGUGGAUGUCCACGCACAGCUGCACCACAGAGAACAUGACAAGCCUGCUAAGAACACAGGCAAUCCAGAUUCCUCAAAUAAUUUUCAAAGGCAAUCUAACGACAGGAGAUCAAAAGGUGACAGGCAGGGUAUUGGCGAGCCUUCACCUGAGACAUCUGUGACACACGCGGACAGUAGAAAUCAGAGUCAGUAUGAUGACAAAAGUGGACAACACCAGCCACACCGUCCUAAUCAGCAGGAAAGACGUCCGUCCUGUCCAAAUACAGCCAACAUGACAUCCAAAUUAUUACCAGGAGAUCAACUAGAACACAGUUACAUUCCUGAAAUCAUAGAACAAAACUAUGACCAGGUAAACAGGACAUAUGUUCAUGAUGAAUCUCCAUUAGUUCCCAACUUCAGGGAGCAAGACUUUCGGGAACAUACACCACAACCUGUGCCUGGGACUUCAUACACAACAGGUCCAGCACCUCAAGAUAGCAUGAUGAGGCCUUACUCUCCACACGCCAUGGCUCAAAACAAUAGUGGACCAUACACACCACAGACAGACUAUUUAUUACCACAGACAGGUGUUAACAGGCCUUUCACACCCCAAAAUACUCAUACUUCAACCUACAUGCCAAAUGGACAUGCCAAGCCAAAUCCAGACUAUAUAGAAAUGCGUGGAGGCAAUCAAACUAAGCCAUUUGAGUUCAGACAUCUACAGAUUGUUCCAAAGAAACAUGAAAUGGGCAGACGAGAUUCAGCUAAUUACUCGUUGACAUCUUCACAAGAGACGUCAUCGAAUAACUCGGACAAUGUUCCAGCCUUGUGUAGUGAGGUUUAACAUGGAGCAAUCUGGAGAAAAAUAUUCUUUAUAUUAUGAUUUAUGAAUAAUAAUACUGCAAAAAAAAAAGUACACAAUAGAAAAAUUCCAUGUAUUGUGAUGUUUUUAUUGGACUGACAAUACAAAGCUCAUAAGACUUAUAGGCUCAUUUCACACUGAGAGUGGGGUAUCUUAAUUAAAUUAAACCAUGGAGCAUAUGGAAGAAGUUUAAUUUUGUAGGUGAACUCUGAUUUAAACAAAAAUAUUUAUAGAUAGAUGUUAGGGAAAAUAUGAAAGUUAAAAGUGUGCAAUUACUUAAAAAUACACAUAGUUAAUAGCUGUACUGUAUUAUAAGGAUAGGCUAUAUAUAUGAUGUUAUAUAUGCAUUAUGCCAAAUGGAGUAUCACCAAAGUUAAACAUAUCUCAAUGUACAUAUAAUUGUAAAUAAUAUUUGGCACCACACCUAUGCCAUCAAAAUGUUGGUUCCUAGCAGCUUUUUUUUUUUUCAUUUCUAUACUUUUUUUAUCAAUUGAGAUUCAUUUCUUGGUGGUAGUCUUCAAAAGUGACAGAACCUUUCCACAAAAUUUAUAAUGUGGUGCCACAUAUCUUGGACGAAAUCUUUUCAGGAAGGAAAAUAAUUAUUUUAAAUUUGUAAAUGAGGUUAAUGAAAUGUCAGAAUUUUUAUUGACUACAAUACUUGAAAUGUCAGAUAAAUCUGAUUAAGAAUAAAACUGUAUAUAUAACAAAUGUAACAAGUAGGUCUAAAAGCAAUGUGUUGUAUUUACCACAUUUGUAUAGCGAUGACAUGCUGAGAUCUAUAGAAGUUUGAGUAUUUGCAGCACUAGGAUAUACCUAGCUCUUUGACUGGUCACCAUUUAGAAGCUUAAAGCUGAGAACUUCAUAUUUCAGAUGCAAGUUCUUUGCUUCAAAUUGCCAAAGAAAUGUAAAAUAAAGUAAGCAAAAAAUAAGUUAAAUAAAUAAAUUUAUUUUC